AUGACAAAACUUUGUCUCAAGACGUCUUCAGUUGCAUUAAGAGAUCCAAUUACACCAAAUGAGUUGAGCGACGCCGAAAUUUACUGGACAAAGAAUGUUCAGCAAGAGUACUUCAAUAAUGAACUGAGACUUCUCCAGAAUCAUCAAGAGCUUCCAAAAUCGAGUGCCCUUAUUCGGCUUCUCCCAUUUAUUGAUUCUAAAGGCUUAUUACGUGUGCGCGGACGACUACACAACGCAUCCUUAGAUUGCAUCACCAAGCAACCAUACAUAAUUCCAAAGAAUUCUCCGCUGACAACUCUAAUUAUUCAGAAAGCUCACAAAGAAACUCUCCAUGGAUCCACUCAGGACACUCUUAACUAUAUCCGCAAUAAGUUCUGGAUUCUUGGAGGAAGAGCACCUGUUCGAUCAUUUAUUCUCAAAUGCGUUGUCUGCACCAGAUAUCGACGCUCUCUAGCUAAACAGAUAAUGGGCCAGCUUCCAGCUUCUAGAGUAACUCCUUCUCGAGCCUUUCUACACUCUGGAGUUGAUUAUGCUGAACCUUUUACCCUCCAGACAUGGAAAGGUAGAGCCGCUCGCACCUACAAGUCCUGGAUUGCGGUAUUCGUCUGCUACUCAACGACAGCUAUUCAUCUUGAAAUCGUAACGGAUUAUACAACUGAUGCAUUUCUUGCUGCAUACAAAAGGUUCACAUCAAGACGGGGAAUCUGUGCGUCCUUAAACAGCGACUGUGGCACAAACUUCAAAGGUGCCGAUAAGGAGUUGAAGAAUAUGUUUUCACAAAACUCCGAAGAACUGAAGCUUCUUGCAUCCUUGAUAGCUACUGAUGGAACAAAAUGGGAAUUCAAUCCACCAGCAGCACCACAUUUUGGUGGGAAGUUUGAAGCUGCAGUGAAAUCCAUGAAUUAUCACCUCAAACGAGUAGUUGCAGAGAAGACCUUAACCUACGAAGAACUAUCAACAGUAUUAGCACAAAUAGAAGCGAUCUUGAACUCAAGGCCCCUUUGUCCUCUGACUGAAGAUCCAGACGAUCUGAAUGUCUUAACUCCAGGACAUUUUCUCAUUGGACAAUCUUUAACUCUCGUCCCAGAACCCAAUCUGGAGAAAAUCAAAAUCAACCGGCUAUCAAAGUGGCAGCAUCUUUGCCAGAUGACGCAAAACUACUGGUCAAAAUGA